AUUGAGUGCUCACCAAGCAUCAGCAGUGACAAAACACACUAGUGCUAGUAUCUUCAGUAAGUAAAGUACAGUAUACCAAAUUCAUCAAACCAACCACACUCAAGAGUGUGGUUGGUAAUGAUGUUUUUGUGUUUCGAGAUUUCGAUUUCAAUGGCGGUUUUGCUUGUCUACCAAUGGUACGUGGUGUCAGGUGGAACUGCAGUGGCCUCAGGCUGGGGAACCACAGAAUCAGAAUCAGCGCAAAAUCAAGAUAACCCUCUGAGCUUUGUGCUGAAAAAAGUGUCACUGCCUCUCAUUUCUCCCCAACAAUGUGCCAAAAUACUCCCAGUCGACUUUCAGCACAUUUGUGCUGGCAAUUUGACAUUUGGCGGGAUGGACGCCUGUCGGGGCGACUCAGGAGGGCCCUUGGUUUGUGAAAACAAGUUCAUGAGGGGUUCGGGUUCGGGUUCUGCUGCUGCUGCUGCUGGUCAUUGCAGCACUCGUCUGUUGGGUUUUGCCAACACUUCCAGUUGCAAUAAGGGGCGACCAGAAUCAGUGAUGAUUGAUCAUAGGGAUCACAAGGCUGGCAAUGCACAUCAAAGUCCUCUGUCAAUCUUGACAGUUGCUGAUGUUGGCAACUCAUCCACUAAUGUUCUUCCUUACAAUGACAUUCUACAGGAAUUUGCCUUGAAUGGGAGACACCUCGACCACGAUCCUAACGAUCCUUAUCGUGGGUUUGACAAUGAUUGUCGUCAGAUGUCGGGCAUCAACUCGAGGCAAGGAGCUCCUUCCUUAAAGCUGAUCCAGUAG